AUGAAGCGUCACAGGUCGGCCCCAACCCCCAAGCAACGCACGCCGACCACGAGGACCGUUCCCGAACCAGUCCUCCUCCAACAGCCCAAGCAGCCGGCUACAUCGCAUGCGGCGGCACCCACGGCGCCAGUGGCCGCGGGUACCAGCACCUCUGGUUCCACUGCUGACGACGAUGAUGCCAGAGGCCCGCUUGGCUUUCCCGAGCCGAGCUUCUCGCCGGUCCUCAAGGUCGUCGACUGCGACAGCUUCACCCUAGUCUCACAAGCGACUGGGCGCCGCUGGAGGGCGAUCGACUCCUCUAGGGAGUGCCAGUUCGGGGAGGUACUGCGUGCUGUAGAGCUGUCAGACGAAGCUGGGGCACGGCCGGGGUACUUCGCUAUCAAGGUAUGA